CUCCAGAACCUGCUCAGAAUGGAUUUAAACAGCAGAUGCCACUUGAAAAUGGCUAUCCACAUGAGCCUCCUCCGUUCCGCAGCAAACUAGACAAAGCGAGAAUAAGUUUUGAAAGGGUUGAGCGUGAACAAAAAAUGGAACGUGAGCAGCACCAGGAACGUGAGCAGCUGAGGGCAGAGCAAAUUAAAAUGGAACAAACUUUGCCAAUGGAUAGAGAGAACGAGAAAGCUAUGGCAGAGAGAAAAGGCACUAAAGAUAUCUUGGAAAAAAUUCCCCCUGAGGUAAGAAGAGAGCUACCACCCAUGGAGCCAGCAUUUAUUCGCUCCUUAGUAGAUGUUUCAAGGGAACAAGGAUAUGGUUUGAAAGAGUUUCGAAAUGGAACAAGAAUUGGUGACAGCCCCGGUGUUUAUGAUAUGAUUCAUCAUAAUAAUGCCAUAUUUGGCCCAGCCUCUGUAUUUCAUCAUAGACUGCCUACACCUACAUUAUUAAGGCCUGAAUUCAAGGAGCGAAGGCGAAAUGAUACCUGUGAAUUCUGUGGGAAGGUGUUUAAGAACUGUAGUAACUUAACUGUCCACAGGCGAUCCCACACUGGAGAGAAGCCAUACAAGUGUAAUAUGUGUUCGUAUGCAUGCGCUCAGUCAAGUAAGCUCACAAGGCAUAUGAAAACGCAUGGCAGACAGGGUAAAGAUGUAUACCGUUGCAAAUUUUGCCAGAUGCCAUUUUCCGUGGCCGCAACUCUGGAAAAGCAUAUGAGAAAGUGUGUGGGACGAGAAAUUUCUCCACAAACAUUAGGGCUGCAUCGCCAGGAUAGCACGCACAGCAACAAUGGCUAUCCAAUGCCUAGCAAGAUUUGACUCAUUCGCUCACCCAUAUAGUAUUUAUACACUUAGCAAUUAUUGAAAG